AAUGAUGUCUAUGACUUGACAACUUUAUAAUUACAUUUUAUUUUUUGUGAUACAGAGCCUAGACAAAAUAUUUUCAGUUUGGAUUUGAGUUUCAGAGAAAACAGAGGUUGUUGCAGCUUUUCGAAACUUAAUUUUGAAUGGAACGUUGGCAAAAUAAAGUGGCCGUUGUUACUGGUGCGAGUUCGGGUAUUGGUUCGGCUGUCGCCAAAGAUCUGGUUAACUCUGGUCUAUUGGUUAUUGGUUUGGCCCGCAGAGUUCAACGUAUCGAAGAGCUGAAAAAUCAAUUACCGGAUGAUAAAAAUUCCCAACUUGUGGCCUUAAAAUGUGAUGUCUCUAACCUAGAAUCAGUAAAUGAAACAUUUGAUAAAAUAAUUUCGAAAUUUGGCGGAAUUGAUGUGCUCAUUAACAAUGCUGGCUGUUUGAAGGGUGGCCAGUUGGUCACCAUGGAUGUGAAUGAAAUGCAGCAAAUUCUCCAAACGAAUGUCAUGGGUGUCAUCUAUUGUACACAGAAAGCAUUUAAAUCCAUGAAAGAGCGUAAAGUCGAUGGCCAUGUUGUAUUGGUUAAUAGCAUAGCAGGACACAAGGUGUUGGCUUGUUCAGAGGUACCCGAAUUCAAUAUCUAUCCGCCUAGUAAAUUUGCCAUAACUGCCAUUACCGAGCUGCUGCGUCAAGAGUUUAGGGGAUUGGGUACCAAGAUUAAAGUUACGAGUAUUAGCCCUGGCACAGUUGAUACAGAGAUUCUUCCCGAUUUUAUUCGAAAAUAUGCCAAUGGUUGCUUUUUGCAGGCAGAAGAUAUUUCAUCCGGUAUUAUGUACGCACUAUCCACUCCGCCCCAUGUCCAAAUCCAUGAAAUGAUAAUUAAACCAGUGGGAGAAAUGUUCUGAAAGGAUGUGUCUUUAUAUUGAAAAUAUAUACCUAUUAUAUAUAUGUCUA